AUGGAUGGUGAAAAUGAUUGGGAUCUUGCUGCAGUGGUGAGAGGCUGCAGCAACCUCAAUGGGAAUUCAAGUAGCCAAGAUGUUCAUGAACAUUUUAAUGGUGAUUUUCCUAGCCAAUCAAUUCCUUUACUCCCUCAACAAAGCCAUGACAAUGGUAGUGCUUUUCCUAGCAUAGUGACCGAAAGGUACUAUUUCGGGCUAGAAGAGGUUAUUGAUAGGUUUACUAGUAGAAAGACGAGAGAACCAAUCGUAGAUCCUCAGGGUACCAUCAUUCCCCCUACUAGUCUCGACAAGGUUGAUGGCUCGGGCUCGGGGGGUAUCGAGAAGGACACCCCAGUUCCUCAAAGUCCCAACCCUUCUCCUACUUUGGAACCUCAACAGUCCCUUCCAAGUCCCCAAACUGAUAGUCUUGAAAAAAGUGGUGGCUUGGAGGAUGAGAAGCUUCAAGUGAAUGAGGUUGAAAUGUUGGUUGAGAAGGUUCAAGUGGCGGUUGAGAAGGUUGAAGUUCCAGUUAAGAAGGUGGACGAAUGGGAUGGAUGGGUUUGGAGGAAGUAUGGGAAGAAGAUGGUGAAUGAUUCACCACACUCAAAGAGCUAUUACAAAUGCAACCACGAGGGAGAAAAGUGCCCUGCAAAGAAGCAUGUUCAGUUAAGCCACAUGAAUGAAAGCAAGUAUAUCAUUACGUACAGAGGUAAUCACAAUCACCCUCCCCCCGUUCAAAACACUACAACCAAACAUAGGAAGAGGAGUCGGGCUCGGGCUUAG